AAAAGCAGUACUGAUGUUAAGCAAAUCAUUUUAGCCAUAUCGCAAUGCCCUUAAUGACAUUUCUGUCACGUGAAAAUAUCUGGGUCGACAAUGACGUCACUCGUUAAUAACCAGAAGUGAAACCUCCUACAAAAUGUGCCCGCUGUACUGACAAAUAUAGUUGUAUGUAAGUACCCGUGGGGGAAGAACACCUGUCACAGAAUAUGGCUGAUGUUGAAGAGGACGCCGAAAAAAAGCUCAAUGCAUUCCGCGAACUUUUUCGAGGACGUUUCACUGAAAACGAAGCUGGAUAUCUUGUUCAGAAAUUUGAUUUCGAUAUUAGACAGGCGGCCUCUUAUGUAUUCGAAACAACGCCUGAGGAUUUGAGACGGGAAAUACAAGAAGAGGCCGCAAGCUGGAUCGAGGUUGUUCCUCGGACAAGUGAGGCUAGAAAUGGACGCCUCUCUGUAGAGAUCAGACAAUUCGCGUGCCAAGCUUGUGACAAAGCCUGGUGGAGACGAGUCCCUGCAAGAAAACUAGUUUCAAAGUGUUAUGGCUGUAGAGUAAAAUUCGAUGCUAUACCAAGAGAUCGAGAGUGGGGCUAUGCAGAAUUUCAUUGCAAUGAGUGUGGGCAUGAUUUUAGAGGGUGGGCCCAGAUGGGCACUGCCAGCCCGUGCUACCACUGCGGUGCCAUGGUAACGACCACGUCUAUUUUACCGCCGAUUCGCGGAGGACCUGGACAGAGAGGAGGGAAUAGACACAGCUGCUCUUUUUGUAUUGCAGGUGGUCCGUGUUGUCACCCUCAGGUCAGACGAAGGUUUGGUCUGCCACGUGUCGUCUACAGCAGUAACGUACACGUCAGUUCCGGUUCCACCGUCGCCACAUUCUUGCCACAGGACGAUCUGAUGAAUGACAACGAUUUCAUCGCAUACGACCGCCUUUCUCCCAUCCCAAGUGAUGACGGAAGUGAUGGCGGAAGUGAUGACGCAAAUGGCGGUGCUCUAUGACCGCCGCAGAGGCGGUCGCGGCCAUGAUGGAACCCAAGGGGAUGACGGGAAUGGGUGACGUGGAAGCUGCGUGAGGUUGUUUUAAUUUUUGUUUGUUUGAGGCUUUGCGAUUGAUCAAGCAGACAUAAUGAUUUGAGACUGUAUCGGAAAUAGGGGUGUUUGUGUAACAGGGAAUUUAUGAAAUGUGUAGGACGUUUCUAACUGGGAUCGUGUAUAUCAACCGUAAAAGUGAUUUGAUGAAAAAUAAAUGAAUUAAGAUUAAAAAAUUAAUAAAUAAGAAAUUAUAAAAAGAAAUAUUGUGCCGCCGAAAGCAAGGGUGUAACCACCACAAAACCAAACACAGGCAACCUAUUUUAAUGCAGGGA